AUGGAAACAAAAAUUCAAGAGUUUGGUCACUAUCGAAUGAAUACGCAAAGUUUAGACUCUGAUUUGCCGCUGGCAUCAUUCGAACGAGGCGCUUCGCGACAGCGGUUAAAUCCUCUCCAGUCUCUCGCUUUUGCUCGGGUUUCGAUGAUGGGAUCGCCAGUACCGCGCGGCUCCGCAGACCGCCCGGAUAUAAAUAAAUUUCAUGAGCGUGCUCACCGCACUUACACCCGUCUUUGCCGAACGUCGACCCGUCAUUGCCGGACGUCAACCGCGCUGCAGGUUGCUGCCGCUUCUUUAUCCGAUUCGUAUUAA